CAAGCGCUGUCUCUUCCAGCAUCAUCAGUCCCCCCUCCGUCUCCAUCAUCUCCCUUCACAGUUAACGUCCAACAAACUGGGUUCUGUUGUUGUCUGUCUACGUAAAUUUGACUUCUGAUAGCAGCAUGUCUGACAAGAGUGAACUCAAGGCUGAGCUGGAAAGGAAGAAACAACGGAUCGCCCAGAUUCGAGAGGAGAAGAAAAGAAAAGAGGAAGAGAAGAAAAAGAAGGAUGGAGACUCUAAACGUGGAGGUGAGGCAAUGGGUGGAUCUUCAGCCGGCCAUGAAGAUUCAGACCUGGAGAGGAAGAGGAGGGAGGCUGAGGCUCUGCUGCAGAGCGUUGGCAUCACCCCCGACGUACCCCACGCUCAGCCCCUGAGGGUAGUAACAGAAGAUACAUGUCUGUUUCACUACCUAGUCCCUGCCCCAAUGUCUCCCUCCAACAAAUCUGUCGGCAGCGAUGCAGGAAGUCAAGAUUCUGGCGAUGGAAACGCAGGACCAAGGACAUUGCAUUGGGAUCCUGACCCCUCUACUCUGCAACUCCACUCCGACUCUGAGCUGAUGGGACGUGGAGCCGUGAGGCUAGGCAUGUCCAAAGUGACCCAGGUGGACUUUCUGCCAAAGGAAAUGGUGUCCUACUCCAAAGAAACGCAGACACCCACGGAGGCAAUGACACACACCGAUCAAAAAGCAGAUGAGGAAGAGGAUGAGGAGAUAACUGCUCCUCCACCAGCAGAGGACAACCAGGAGGACAAAGAUGAGCAGGGUGAACAGCAGCAGGAAGACGCCCCCAAGGAGCUGACCGAGGAAGAGAAGCUGCAGUUGCUUCACUCGGAUGAUUUCUUAUCAUUUUUUGAGCGCGGCAGCAGAAUUGUGGAGAGAGCUCUGGCUGAGCAUGUGGAUGUCUGCUUCGACUACAGCGGCAGAGAUCUAGAGGACAAGGAGGGUGACUUGCAGGCUGGGGCAAAGCUGGUUCUGAACAGACAGUUUGCAGAUGAGCGUUGGACUAAAAACAGAGUGGUCACCUGUCUCGACUGGUCUCCUCAGUAUCCAGAGCUGCUGGUGGCCUCAUAUAACAACAAUGAGGACGCUCCACAUGAGCCUGAUGGUGUGGCACUGGUCUGGAACAUGAAGUAUAAGAAGCCCACCCCUGAAUACAUCUUCCACUGCCAGUCUGAAGUGAUGUCAGCCGGCUUUGCAAAGUUUCACCCCAACCUUGUGGUGGGUGGGACAUACUCGGGACAGAUAGUAUUGUGGGACAACAGGAGCAACAAGCGCACCCCUGUGCAGAGGACUCCCCUGUCUGCAGCUGCACACACACACCCAGUCUACUGCGUGAAUGUGGUGGGAACCCAAAAUGCCAACAACCUGAUCAGCAUUUCCACUGAUGGCAAGAUGUGCUCCUGGAGCCUGGACAUGCUCUCCCAGCCACAGGACAGUCUGGAGCUGGUGUUCAAACAGAGCAAAGCGGUGGCUGUCACCUCCAUGGCGUUUCCUCUGGGUGACGUUAACAAUUUUGUGGUAGGGAGCGAAGACGGCUCUGUCUACACCGCCUGUCGCCAUGGCAGUAAAGCAGGCAUCACUGAAGUGUUUGAAGGCCACCAUGGUCCGGUUACUGGACUGAGCUGCCACAGUGCUGGAGGACCUGUCGAUUUCUCUCACCUCUUCAUCUCGUCCUCGUUUGACUGGACCGUCAAACUCUGGAGCACUAAGAGUACCCGUCCACUAUACUCUUUUGAGGACAGUUGUGACUACGUCUACGAUGCGAUGUGGUCUCCAACACACCCUGCCCUGUUUGCUUGUGUGGACCUAGCUGGACGUCUGGACUUGUGGAACCUCAACAAUGAUACCGAAGUUCCAACUGCUAGUGUGUAUGUGGAUGGGGCUCCGGCACUGAACCGUGUCAGAUGGUCUCACACUGGAAAGGAGAUUGCCACUGGGGACUCAGAGGGACAGGUUCAGGUCUAUGAUGUUGGCGAGCAAAUCUGUGUUCCCAAAGCGGAUGAGUGGACCCGCUUCGUCAGGACGCUGGCUGAGAUCAAUGAAAACAGAGAUGAAGCUGAGGAACUGGCCAAUGCAUGAUGUUGCAAACCCCACCCACCCUCACACGCAACCACUCAUACAAUUCUCUCCAGUCCGCUACACCUAUAGUACAUUACACAGUACUGCCAGAGGAGCUGCGCUCGC